AUGGCUUGUCCGAUUACUGUAGCCAAGUUCGUGGGAACUGUUUCUCUUGGCCUUUUGACCGGCCUGUCCUAUUCCGUGUCUACCGUUACAAUUCCUGCUCUGCAGCUUCUUCCCACCGCGAACGAUGCAGCCCAAGUACUGAGAGACGUCCAGCUUCGCACCCGCAGACGGGUACUCACUCUAUCAAACAUCACCGCGGUUUCCCUCCUCGCGGCUUUCACACUCUCGUCCCCACGUCGAAAGCAUCCCUAUCUCGUCUGGACCAGUUUAGUAGCGCUUCUCGGUGGCACUGGGCUCGAAUUCUGGUUUAUACGCGAUGCACUGUCCAGUAACUGCCUCUGCCCAGCGUCCUUCUGCGGUAGCGUCUCCGCUCUUCUUCUUCAUCCCGAUCUUGCACAUUUUAGUUUCGGCUCUUUCAUUGCGGCUCAUCUUGGCUGCAGUAGAAUCCAAGUGCAGAAUGAUAGAAGGCGUGAGGAGGAAGAGUCGAAUGGCAAUGGGAGCGAAAUCGAGAUCGUCGAGGAAUCGGAAGCCGUCCCCACGCCCACAACCAGAGAACAGUCCGCCACCCCCGAACCAGCUGACAUGAAUGGUGAAAGUGUGAGGGCAGACAUGGAAAAGGAACGGAAAAUCCAGAAAAUAAGAGCCUGGGUUGUUGGAGUUGCGUUCUCGAUGGGCGUCGUUGGUAUUUGGGGCGAUGGCAUCUAA